AUGGUGACACAAGGUUCAAAAUCACCAGCUAUGGAACAUGAUAAAGGUUGCCGUCAAUUGCCACAAGCAUCAGCCAAGAUGACAAACAAAGGAGCCAGCCGGUGUUUAACAGGUCCCAAAAUAGUACUUAUGGUUGUGGGUAUUAUUGGUUUACUUAUCGUUGUUGUUGCAGUUCCAAUUAUAGUCUCUGAUCUAAAAAAAGACAAUAAUAGUAAUUGUGCACCGAAUGGUUUGCAGUGGAAUACAACAGGCAUAACAGUACUUAGUUCAUCGCAACUAACACAUAUCAGUGGCCUCUAUAUCGAUUCAAAUGAUACAUUAUAUACUGUGGAUGAGUAUUCGAAUGGGGUUGUGUGGAAAGUGCCAAAAAAUACAUUAACUCCUAUUCUCGUAGCCGGAAUAUUACAAUCAGCUGGUUCCAAUGCUAGUCAAUUCAAUUAUCCGCAGGAUGUUUAUGUAGAUUCACAAUCAAAUGUGUAUGUGACUGAUCUUAAUAAUAAUCGUGUCCAAAAGUUUGUGAAUCAAUCAACAACUGGACAAACCAUUGCUGGAAUAUCUGGUUCAAGCGGUGUCGCACUCAAUCAAUUCAAUGGUCUUCGAUAUUUUACUUUCGAUCCAACAGAAACAUAUAUGUAUAUUACAGAUUAUAAUAACCAUCGUAUUAUGCGCUAUUUAACGAACGCAACAACAGGAGAUAGCGGAACACUUGUUGCUGGUGGUGGAAAUGGAGCCGGUAACAAUAAUAAUCAGUUGAACUCACCAUGGGGAAUCUAUUAUCUCCCAUCAGUAAGUAAUUAUAUGUAUAUAACAAACUAUGAUGGAAACACAUUGAUGCGAUGGAUUCCCGGUGCUUCAUCAGGUGAGUUAAUAGCUGGUAUUCCAAACCUGACAGGCUCCAGUUCGUCAUUGUUAAGUAAUCCGAUGGGCGUCAAAAUCGAUAUCUAUCAGAAUGUAUUUGUUGUCGACAGAAACAACAAUAGAGUACAAAUGUUUUGUCCUAAUAGUUCGAUAGGUAUUACAAUUGCUGGCAAUGUUGUAUCUGGUAGUGCAGCAACACAAUUGAAUGGACCAAGAGGCAUUGCAUUCGACUCAUCAAUGAACAUGUACAUUACCGAUUAUAGCAAUUAUCGAAUUCAAAAAUUUAAUAAACUUUAA